CUGAAAUAUAACACCUUUAACUAAACCAUAUCAUAAUGUAAGGUGCGAUUAGUCAUGUCUUACCCUACCAUAAAAUGUGGAGUGAGUGAGAUGCCAGUAGUUGGACUGGGGACCUGGCAAAGUAAGCCCGGUGUAGUUGGAGCAGCUGUAGAGACUGCACUCAGUGUUGGAUACAAACACAUCGACUGUGCUCAUGUUUAUCAGAACGAAGCUGAAAUUGGUGAAUCUUUUGCAAAGAUGUUCGGCGAGGGUGGAAUAAAGAGGGAGGAAAUAUUCAUCACCAGCAAACUCUGGAAUACAUUCCACCGGGCCGAUGAGGUUGAAGCAGCAUGUGAUACAACCCUCAAAAACCUACAACUCGAAUAUCUGGAUCUGUACUUGAUUCACUGGCCGGUUGCUCUGGAACCAGGCAAAGGGACCCUGUUUCCCGUGGAUGAUGACAAAGUUUCGAUGAUGGACACCAAGUCCCCAUCAUUCGCUGAAACCUGGGGAGCAUUAGAAAAACUGGUUGAAUCGGGAAAGUGCAAAAAUAUUGGUCUCUCCAACUUCAAUAUUGCUCAGAUCGAAGAAGUUCUUGGCUGUGCUAAGAUCAAACCCGCCAACCUUCAAGUGGAGUCCCAUGCCCAUCUACCUAAUUUGGAACUUCUCGAUUUCUGCAAGAAACACGGCAUGUCCUUUGUCGCGUACAGCCCUCUAGGUAAUCCAGGCAGUGUUUUCCGUAAGGAAGACCAGGUUGAUCUGUUGCACGAGGAGGAGGUUCUGAAGAUAGGUCAGAAACACGGAGUUACCGCUGGACAGGUCCUCAUUCGAUACCAAGUGGAGAAAGGCAAUGCAGUGAUCCCAAAAAGUGUCACACCGUCCAGAAUUGAAGAGAACCUCAAUGUGUUUGGUUUCUCUCUUGAUGCCGCUGAUAUGGAAACUCUGAAUAACCUGUACAAGAAAGCUGGACCUAAAGGUUAUCGCACCUGCAAUGUUCUUCAUUGGCAGAAUUCGCCAAACUACCCCUUUACUUCUGAGCUUUAUAUCAACCAUUUCAGAAUGUCUAUUUCAACAAUAACAUGCGGAGUAAGCCAGAUGCCAGUUGUAGGAUUUGGAACCUCCAAAACCAGUGAUCCCCAAGCUGCUGUUGAAAUGGCAUUGAACACCGGAUAUAGACAUAUUGACUGUGCUCAUGUUUACCGGAAUGAGGUGGAGAUUGGUCGUGCAUUCUCUAAAACCUUCGCCACUGGUGAUAUUCAGAGAGAAGAGGUAUUCAUUACCGGUAAACUAUGGUCCACUUCUCAUCGGGGCAGUCAUGUAGAGCCUGCCUGUGAUAAGACAUUAUCUGAUUUGCAGCUUCAUUAUCUCGACCUUUAUCUGAUUCAUUGGCCUGUCGCAUUUGAGCCUGGCAAGGGUUCCUUAAAUCCAAUGGAUGAUAACAAUGUAAGGUUGAUGGACACUCAAUCUCCGUCCCUAUCGGAAACCUGGACUGCAAUGGAGAAAUUGGUGGAGUCAGGAAAAUGCAAAAAUAUUGGUCUCUCUAACUUCAAUAUACAGCAAAUAAAAGAAGUGCUUAAAAAUGCUACGAUUAAACCAGCUUGCCUUCAAGUGGAAUCCCACCCUCUUUUUCCAAACUUGGAGCUUCUUGAGUUCUGCAAGAACAAUGACAUCGCUUUCGUUUCUUACAGCCCUCUAGGAGCCCCGGGAAGAUCAUGGAAGAAGGAAGACCAGUUGGAUCUGUUAAAUGAUGAAGAUGUUCUAAAAAUAGCACUCAAACACGAUGUGACUGCUGGGCAGGUUCUUAUUAGAUACCAGGUUGACAAAGGAAAUGCUGUUAUCCCUAAAAGUUCUUCUCAAUCCCGAAUAACGGAAAACUUUAAUGUUUUGGGCUUUUCUUUGGAUUCCACUGACAUGGGCUGCCUGAAUAAGCUUCACAAGAAAGCCGGACCCUACGGAUACCGUGUUUAUCUGUGCCCUGAUUUCAAACACUCUCCGCUUUACCCAUUUCCUUCUGAGAUUUAAUAUGGGACUUUCAGUAAUUCUGUAGAAUUCCGAUCGCAAAUGGUCUGUUUAUUCCAGCCUCCAGUUUUAAUUCCAUCCUUUUGAAGUUCUACCGACAGUUUUUGUAAAUCAAGUGAGUAUAAUAGAUAUUCAAUUUUAUUAAAUUAUUGUUAACAAAUUUCAAAACACUUUCUUAGUUUUUAAAUGAAUUUAUUUUAAAGAUUCGAAUAAAGAGUCAUUCAUAUCAUUUUAAACCUUUAUGUGAUUGUAAAUUUGGCUUUUUAUCCGCAGAGUUUAUAUUUAUAACUUUAUCAAGUUUCAUGAUUUCACCAACACAUCCUUGUUGAAAUGUUGACAGUUUUUGGCAGUUAGUUAUUUAUUUCAAAAAAUUCUUUAAAUCUUUGGUUAA